AUGGCGACCCUCGCAGACGAGCUCUUGAACGAUUUCGAAGAUUCUGGCUCUGAAAAAGAGGACCACCCAGACGGCUUCCAGGAUGACGAAGAUGUACGUGGCCACGAAAACGGAGUGCUAGGAGGAGAACACGAGGGACAAGAUGAGCGCAUGGGGGACGUUGAAGAAGAAGAAGAAGAAGAAGAAGAAGAGGCUGAAGCGAUCGCUGCCGAUACGGGCGGGACAGACGCCGUCGACGAUGAGGAUGACACCAAAGCCAAAGUGGAAAAGAUGCGGUUAGGAGGUGUCCGGGACGUGAGGAGUGUAGCUGGCCUCAUGAAGACUCUGCAGCCAGUUCUCGAGAGAAUUUCCCAUUACCAGAAUAUCCCGCCGGAUCAGCGAACAACGGGCGUGGGAUCGAUAGAAGACAAUCCGGAAUACCACCUACUGACCCAGUCCAACUCGCUCUCGACGCAAAUAGACAGCGAAAUCAUCCUCGUCCACAAAUUCAUCCGCGACCAUUACUCUGCGCGCUUCCCUGAACUAGAGACACUCGUGACGAACCCGAUCGAUUAUGCGAAAACAGUGGCAAUCAUCAGGAAUGGACCUCUCGAGAACAUCAAGGCCCUGGCUGAUUCCUCCGACAAUAUCGUCGGACAACCUCUUCGGUCUGUCUUGGAUGGACCCACGUUGAUGGUGGUUACGGUGGAAGCUACAACGACGCGAGGCCACGAACUCAGUAGAGCGGAGCUUGAGACGACCCUACGCGCGUGCGAGAUGGCCCUCCAGUUGGAUAGAGCGAAAAAGGUUCUCACAGAAUAUGUCCAGUCUCGGAUGAAUGUGUUUGCGCCGAACCUCACUGCGCUCAUCGGCUCGCUCACGGCGGCCCAACUGCUCAAUUAUGCCGGUGGUCUGAAAGGUCUCGCCAAAACACCGGACCGCAACGUCCCCGCAAUGGGCUCGAGGAAGCAGAGGCAGAGCGGCUUAGCCACCAACGUUGGCAUAAGGCAGCAGGGAUUCCUGUACCAUUCGCCGCUAAUCCAGAGCAUCCCCAACGACUUGAGAGUCCAAGCCAUGCGUAUCGUAUCCGGCAAGCUGAUUCUCGCCGCGCGUGUGGACAGCGUCCAUCAGGCACCAGACGGCUCGACAGGAGAGCAAUUGCGAGAAGACUGUCUUAGGCGACUGGACAAGUUAACGGAGCCUCCACCGAAUCGUGGACCUCGAGCUCUACCCGCACCGGACGAUAAACCCAGUCGCAAACGUGGCGGUAGGAGAGCUCGUAAAGCCAAGGAGGCGACCGCCAUGACGGAGCUCAGGAAACAGCAGAACAGGUUAGCAUUCGGAAAGGAGGAGAAGGAAGUCGGCUACGGAACUGGCGCAGGUACAGCCGGAUUAGGCAUGAUUGGCCAGGCGAACGACGGUCGCAUUCGUGCGACGCAGAUCGACCGGCGCACUAUGGCCAAGUUGAGCAAGAAGAACCCGGGCUGGGGCGGCUCCGGGACAGCAACGAGUCUUAACAGUGGCAUGAACACGUCUUUGAAAGGAUUCGGGACUUCCUUGGGUGGGAAUGCCACGACCCUGCGAGCUCAAGGUCUCCGCACGACCGGUGUGGGUGCCGGUAUUGCAAGUUCGAUCGCGUUCACGCCAGUCCAGGGCUUGGAGCUCGUCGACCCCAAAGUCCAGGCCGAGUUGAAGCGAAAACGCGAGGCCGAAAGUGCUGGAUAUUUCUCCCGUGGUACAUUCACCCACGUUAAUUCUGGACAAUCGGUAGGAGGCUUCAAGGUGCCACAGGUUCCGCCAUCAAAGAAGGUCAACAUGGGGCCGCCUCCAACACCGGCGAAGUGA